UAGCUCAGCUGAGCGACGCUUUCCAGCCAGACCAACAUGGCCGCUGUGUCUCGCGGCGCAGAAAGUGCAUGAGCAGGGUUUGAGCUCGUCACUCGGUAGCGUCACGAUGUGGCAGGGGAGGAAGGGACCGGCGUUAUCGCCCAUUUUCAUCUCGCCUUUUAAAUUUAAGGCUCCGAGCCUUCCGGAUAGGCAUUAGGGUUGGUUGUAAAAUACGAACCCGGCGGCUCUUGUGACACUUGCUCUGGCCUGGACCAGGUCUGUAAAGUUAAGCAAAGACAGGAGCCGAAGACCCCUCCUACUGUUCCGCCUGUUCAACUUUCUGUUCUGCUCUGAUGAGGGCUUGACGAGAAUCGCUCACUAAUGAUCUCAAGAAGAAGAGCUUCGUGUUUCAUUCAUUGACAAGUCGGCGAUUUACCAAUAUUUUCUGAGACCACAGCGCUAUAAGGAGACUUUUUCCCGUGUUUGUGUUUGAAUAACCUGUCUUGAGAGAUGUUUUCUGUAAAACCUCUGAAACCUACGUUCAAGUCGUACCUGCCUCCUUUGCAGACAGAAGUCAAGAGGAGCCCCCAGCCCCCAAUAAGGAAGCUAGAAGCGAAAUUGCUACCAGGGGAGAUCAUAGUAAAUGAGGUGAACUUUGUGAGGAAAUGCAUUGGGACUGACAGCAGCCAGGAUGACCUGUGGGGGAAGCUGGUGUGCACAAACUUCAAGAUCUCCUUCAUUACCAACGACGCUGUCCCUCAGAAAUUCCACUAUAAGAACCGACUUCUUGAGGAACACGAUAUUCCGCUCGCAUGUAUCGAGCAGGUGGUGACAGUAAAUGACGCAAAGGGGAAGCAGAAGGUCUUGGGUUCCAACCAGAAGCUCAAAUUCAAUCCUACUGAGCUGAUUAUCUAUUGCAAGGACUUCCGCAUGGUGCGCUUUCGUUUCGAUGAGGCGGGACCAGAGAGCACAAAGAAGGUUUGCCUGGCAAUAGCCCAUUACUCACAGCCAGCUGAUCCUCAGCUCCUGUUUGGAUUCGAAUACGUUGGGAAGAGAUAUUACAGUCCAGGUGACAGGGUGAACGGUGUGGACCCCGGCGGGGGAGGGGGAGGGGGCGACGCAGCCGGCCAGCACACCCCCCUGUUCGACCGCCCCUCCGACUGGGACAGAGAGAUCAAGCGCACCGGGGCCUCCGAGUGGAGAGUGUGCUCCAUCAACGAGGGCUAUGCCAUCUCGCACAGUCUUCCAGAAUACUUUGUGGUCCCUGUUUCCCUGGCUGAUCAAGACCUGAAACAGUUUUCUGGAUUCUUUGCUGGGAAACGUAUUCCAUUGUGGUGCUGGAAUCAUCCAAAUGGCAGCGCUCUGGUUCGAAUGUCCAGCAUCAGAGACGUGGUUCAACAAAGGAAGAUAGACCAAAGGAUUUGUACCGCUAUCACAAAAAGCCACCCUCAGCGGAGUGAUGUGUUCAAGUGUGAUUUAGACAAGAAUCUUCCAGCCAUACAAGACAUCCAGGCGGCUUUUGUCAAGCUGAGGCAGAUCUGUGUAAUUGAGCCCUUUGAGGACACGGAGGAGAAGUGGCUGUCGUCCAUGGAGAGCGCGCGCUGGCUGGAGUAUGUCAGGUUGUUCCUGAAACACUCUGUUGAGCUAGUGUACAUGCUGGAGGGAAAGCAUGUUUCUGUCAUUUUGCAAGAGGAGGAAGACCGUGACCUCAGCUGUGUGAUCUCCUCUCUGGUCCAGCUGAUGCUGGAUCCCCAUUUCCGGAGCAUCACAGGGUUCCAGAGCCUGGUGCAGAAGGAGUGGGUGAUGGCAGGGUAUCGCUUCCUUGAUAGGUGUAACCACUUGAAGAAAUCUGAGAAAGAGGAGUCGCCCUUGUUCUUGAUGUUCUUGGACUGCGUGUGGCAGCUGCUUAAUCAGUACCCAGCCGCCUUUGAAUUCACGGAGACCUACUUGACGGUGCUGAGCGACAGCAUGUGGAUCCCGGUCUUCAGCACUUUCCUCUUCAACUGCCCCCAGCAGCGUGCAGAGCACAGCAGAGACUUUGCCAGGAGCAAGAAUAUCCCACUGGGGGAAGACAAGACUCUGCGUUUCCCCCCUGUGUGGGACUGGUCUCAGCAGUUCACACUUGAAGACCAGGCUCUAUUCAACAGCCCUCUGUACAUAGGGAAGAGCACUACCUUUGUGCACAAUGGAGCCAUAAAGACAUUCAGACGUGCAAAGAAAUACCACAGCUCCACAAUGCGGGGAAUGCCCUCUCUACGGAACGGCCUGAUGAGUGAGCAGGAUUCAAUUCCCAGACGGAAUUCCCUGGUGCUGAGGCUGAAGCCUGACUUCUCCCAGCUGCGGGAACCCCAGGACAGCCCCUCGGAGCAGUUCUUCAGGGAUUGGCUGUCCAGGCCCCCCGACCUGCAGGGCCUGCUCCUGCCGCAGCUGCUGCCCUCGCACAUCAAGCUCUGGAAGCUCUACUUCCUGCGCUGGAUCCCGGAGGCCCAGAUCAACGGCGGCGGCUUCAUCACGGCCUUCCACAAGGUGUCCCUGCUGGCCGACGAGAUCGAGAAGCUGCAGAACCAGCUGCGGCAGUAUAAGGGUAACCCGUGUCCAGCGGCCAGCACCCCUCAAACAGAGCAAAGCAAAAUGUACUUCAAGGUCAACAGCCUCAGCGACUCUCUGUCGACCCCUGACUACUUGACAUCAUCGUUCCCCUUUUCUCCCGUUGGAAAUCUCUGUAGGCGCAGCAUUCUAGGAACCCCACUCAGCAAAUUCCUCAGUGGUGCCAAAAUCUGGCUUUCCACUGAAACUCUGGCCAGCGAGACGCUCUGAGUGCUCUUGUAGCCUUGUAGACAUACCCUUUACAGUCUGAUCCACUUGCAGUAACACAAAAAACGCAUGUAAAAACACCGGCUUAGAGGAGACUGAAAUCCUUUAGUGGGGGCGUUUUAUUUUUGCACAAGAUAAUUCAAAGGAAUUAAAAAACAGCUUGAAACCGCACAAUUUGCAGGGUAACAUUUUUUGCUGUUAUUGCCAGGUUUCAGUAGUCUUCAGCAGAGAUUUUUGGAAAAUCAGUUACAUUGAUAGUGGACUAUAAAUUGACGGCGAGAUAUACGAAUUCACACAGGUUUUAGAUGAAAUGCAAAAUGAAUAUGUGGCUUUUAUUCUGUGGUACCUUACACAUAUUUCACAAGAUGUGUAAACUUAUUCGUAGACCUUCUGGUAAGGUGAAGUAAGUUAAACCUCUUUUUGAAUAAACUGUAGUCAAGUCUUUGAGAAGAAACAUAAUUGUAGUCUUAUAUUAUCCCCACUGUUACAGGGUUAAAAAAUUAAGCUAUUAGAGAACAAUCUGUAUAUAAAAUAUUAAUAGUGAGUAGUUUUAUAAGGUAGUUUCUAAGGUUUUUCCUUGACCUUUCCCCAAGAGCCCCUGCUGGAUUAAUCGUGGGGUUAAGUGAACCUCCUUAGAGGGUUUUUAUAAGUGCUAGAGCUGUCAGUCAGGACUGCAGGGCAGGCUGGACACCUGCUUGUGGAGCUGUUGAAAGAGGAGGAGAGGUACUGUACAUGACACAGCUCUGUAUUUGUGGUCCAGACAGACUCCAGUCUGGGACUGGGAGACAGGCUCUCAGUGCUGCUGUGCAGCUCUGGGGUUACUGUCCUUAGAGUGGUGAUGGUGUUACACUGGCCAUAUAUGGGGCAUUAAUGUCUUUUUCGUUUCUUCCUUCCCGGCUUAUCUUGUUCUACUUCAAAAUCCAAGAAUGUGGGACCUCUAUUAUUAAAAAAAAUGAACUGAAGAGCAAAAACCAUAGACAACAUAGCAAUUGUAGUAAGUAAAUUAGCAAUCAAAAUACAGUUUUUUUUGCCCUACUUGUAACUGACAUUUACUGAUCUCUUUUUUGAAACUUGGUACUAUAACUACUAUAUAUUUUGAAAACAAAACAAUUUAGUAUGAGCUAUAUUAGUUUCCACUAAUCCUUACUGAAAAUGCACUCGGCUGUUGUUGUGUGAUUAUUGUGCACUUCAUGUAGCACAAUGUGAUGAAAAGACAUCAGCAUAAAUAUUUAUUUAGUUAUGCAGUAUGGUUAAAAACUGGGUCAUUUGUAAUCCAUUGUGCCUUUAAAGGGGAUUAUGGGCUUACUAAGAUGUAAAAAGUAUUAAAAGGACCUGGGAUUGUUUUCUGCUUUAACGGGUUGCUUCACAGUUCCACACAGUUGUGUACUAGCACUUCACUGAUUCCAAAGCUACCACACCUGGAAGCCAUAUGGAACUGACGUUACAUCAGUUCCCCUUCAAUGCAAAAAAUGAAGCUUAAAAACCUGCCAGGGAUGAUUCCGCACUCCGAGCCCUGAGCUGUGCAGGUGGUCCGAGACCCCUGCAGCAGAACCUGGCUGUUCCAGUAGUGACCCCUGGAUUCUCACUGGGGUUUCCUGCACGCCUCAGAGCCAUUGCUGUAACUGGUAUUGUAAAGCUUGUCUCACCCAGCUGUGAUCGAGGAGUGCCAGCUGUCCAAAGCACUGACAGGGCUUUCUUUCUUUGUAAGCGCAUAGCUGCCAUUCUGAGAGGCCAAAUACAUUCAUUGUCAAUAUUUAAUAUUUGCCGAAUAGUGUAAAUAAAAUUGCUUUUAAAUAUC